AUGACCACUGAUUUGCACAAACCCGAUCCUGUGCCUCAGCCACCGGCACAGAAGCUAGCCCGACGAGACGAUAUUGAGAAGCUGAUCUCUGGCACACUUACCCUGACAGUUGCCCCAGAUCCAACAUGCGGAUAUGGCGCGUUUGGCCAAAAUUGGCUAUGUCCGUUGGGGGGGCGCUGCGUAUGGGAAUCGGGCGAAAUCAACCGUGCGUGGUGCGAAUCGGGCCGCCCGCCCGCAACUACGUGUUUUGACAGCACCGACUACUACGACCCAGCCAAGUGUAACAUUGAAUGUCAAAACAACGUCUAUAAUGUUUAUUGCGGUUCGGCUGUCGCGCCCUUGUGCGGUACCUUUGCAUUUAGCGACGGCGUUCUCGCCUAUGGGUGCAGUAUAUCCGCAUUCACUAUCUUAUACGAUAGUAUAACUUCUCUAUACCCUCGCAAACUUGACACCGUGGUCGUUGUGGAUGGGCAUCAAGUUACGGGUGGAUCAAUGAAUUCGAAUUUGGCAAUAACUAUAACAAAACUAGUAUCUGCCACAAAGACAAGCCUCCCGAUUGCAACAUCUGUACCUGGAUCUACGUCUUCCAGCCAUAGGUCAGGUACCAAUGUUGGUGCGAUCGUUGGUGGUAUAGUUGGCGGCCUGGCCGUCAUCGUUAUAGCAAUUCUUGGGUUUAUGUUUCUCCGCCGCCGACGAGGCAGAAGGGAGAGUGGAUCUGGGUUGGACUCAGGCUCGUCACCCCAGCCUCAAUUUAUACCUAAUGUACAAGACAUGGCCCAAGCCGGACACCAGUACGAUACCGUACCAGUUCAAUCAAGCCCUGCACCCCCUUAUCCAAAGUCGCCUCUUGUUGAGGCAGCCAGCCCCUCAUCUCCUCAUCCAACGUCGCUUCUUGUUGAGGCACCCAGUCCGGAUACUGUAUGGAGUCAUGAGCUUGACAGUGGGAGGACGGGUCAUCAUCGUGGGUCGAUUCAGGAGAUGGGUUAG